CCACUCUAAACUGAUAAGAACUUUAGGCCAUUUUUUAGCGCUAAAAAGUUGUGGCAGGCUGACAUGAAUAUUUAUUCAUGGAGGACUUGGAAGCAAGAUUAGAUUAGAGGCGGCCGCAAAACCAGAGAAGCAAACUGCAGUGGCUACCUACCAAACCCAAGCAGCCGUCCUAAUCAGAAAAAUCCCGAAGUUCUCUCUUCUGUUCACUUUUUUCAAGCACUAAGAUGCUGAGAGAAACUUAUACAUAGCUGAUAGCCCCACUCCGGAGACGGCGUCAGCCGUAGCCAUUAAGGCGAGGAGGAAACGAUGGCAUGCCUUGUCGGCCAUUAAAUCUUCGACGGAGAGCUUUCGCCCGUCCCUUUGAAUCUACCUAAAAGAACCUUCACGAGUCACGACAGCAACCAUAACUGUAGCACAAAGUUUCGGCUUUGCAAUCUUUUUCAAUAAAAUAUUGUAGAGAAAAUAAUUUUUUCGGAUUUAUUGCACUUUGUGUUUCCUGGUUGAAAAGCCGCAAAAAGGAGGGUAGAUUUUUCUGGUUCUUUUUGUAACUGUUUUUUUUUUUUUCCUCUUCUCUCUUCUUUUUGGAAAAAAUCUUGGCCCGUCGAUCGAGGAUCCCACCAAUUGUGAGGAAAAGGCGAACUGGGUUUGCUUGUUUUCACCCUUCGAUUCAUGAAUUACACGGUUUUCAUUUUGUCAUGGCAAGCAGGACUCUAUUGGCAGUGGUGGUCUCGCUGCUUUCAUCAUGUCUUUCUUGACGAGUGAUCACGGGCUUUGAAAGGGUGGUUGUUACUUGGUUUACCAGUCGUAAAUAUUUUUAGUUGUUCAGGUAUUACUAUAUCUAAUUAUGUCGUAAUUCUUAUCAGUUAGAGCACCACUAAAAUGUCGGGGAAUAUCAAUUCGAGGAGCAUUGUGGGAUUGAGGUUUAUCGGGUUCUUGCUUGUUGCUACCUUACUUUUUUGUAUUUCAGAGGGGUUGAAUUCGGAGGGGCUUUACCUCCUGGAGCUGAGAAAGGGUCUUGGCGAUCAUUUUAACUUUUUGGGAAAUUGGAACUCCACUGAUCAAACACCAUGUGGAUGGGUUGGUGUGACUUGCACCUCUGAUAAUGAUCCCGUCGUCUAUUCACUUCACUUGAAUUCAAAGAAUCUUUCUGGAACCCUGAGCUCUAGCAUUGGUGGUUUGGUCCAUCUUACUGAGCUUAAUCUCUCUGAUAAUGAGCUCACUGGAGACAUACCUAGGGAGAUUGGAAACUGUUCCAUGUUGAAGCAUCUUUAUUUGAAUAAUAAUCAAUUUGAUGGGCAACUUCCUGCUGAGUUGGGGAAUCUGUCUCGUUUAAUAGGAUUGAAUGUAUGCAACAAUAGAAUAUCUGGCCCUAUUCCGGAGGAGUUCGGAAACUUGUCUUUAUUGGUUGAUUUUGUGGUAUAUACCAACAAUCUCACAGGCCCAUUACCUCGUUCUAUUGGGAAUCUCAAGCAGCUAACUUCAUUUAAAGCUGGGCAAAAUGCUAUUUCUGGUAGCAUACCAGCCGAAAUAGGUGGAUGUGAGAGCUUGAAAUUUCUUGGUCUUACCCAAAAUAAUAUAGAAGGGAAAAUACCAAAGGAAAUUGGGAUGCUGGGCAAGUUGAAAGAUCUGAUUCUACAUUCAAACCAGCUUUCGGGGUUUAUCCCAAAGGAACUUGGGAACUGUACAAGCCUUGUGACCCUUGCUUUGAAUGAUAAUGAUCUCGGGGGAUCUAUACCUAAGGAGAUUGGGAACCUCAAAUCAUUGUGGAAGUUGUACCUAUAUAGGAAUAAGUUGAAUGGAACGAUGCCAAGGGAGGUUGGGAAUCUUUCUCUGGCCCUUGAAAUUGAUUUCUCGGAGAACUAUUUGACAGGUGAGAUCCCCUCCGAGUUCAGUAAGAUCACAAACUUAAGCUUACUGUACCUUUUCCAGAACCAGCUUACAGGUGUUAUACCAAAUGAGCUCAGUAGCUUGAUGAACCUGACAAAAGUUGACCUCUCAAUUAAUCAGCUCACAGGUCCUAUUCCAUUUGGGUUUCAGUCUUUGACUAACAUGACCAUGUUGCAGCUUUUCAACAACUUUCUGAGUGGCAGCAUUCCUCCGGGGCUUGGUCUUUACAGCAGACUUUGGGUGCUCGAUUUAUCAAACAACCAACUAACAGGAAGAAUACCACCUCAUCUUUGCCAACACUUUAACUUGAUUUUGUUGAAUCUGGAUUCUAAUAAGCUGCAUGGAAAUAUCCCAGUUGGGGUCAUCAACUGCCAAUCAUUGGUGCAACUUCGUCUAGUUGGAAACAACCUUACUGGAAGCUUCCCGUCAGACUUGUGCAAAUUAGUGAACCUUUCUGCUGUUGAAUUGGAUCAAAACAGUUUCAGCGGUCCAAUUCCUCCAGUUAUUGGGAACUGCCAAAAGUUGCAGAGACUUCAUAUUGCAGAAAAUUACUUUACAUCAGAGUUGCCUAAGGAAAUAGGAAAUCUAUCUCAAUUGGUGACUUUUAAUGUUUCUUCGAACUUGCUUACGGGAAGGAUUCUGCCUGAAAUUGUUAAUUGCAAGAUGCUUCAACGGCUUGAUCUCAGCCAAAAUAGGUUUAUAGAUGUGUUACCAAAUGAGCUCGGAAUCCUUUUGCAGCUGGAGCUUCUCAGACUAUCAGAAAAUAAUUUUUCUGGACAAAUACCUUCAGCAUUGGGAAACCUCUCCCACUUGACAGAGUUGCAGAUGGGUGGCAAUUCUUUUUCUGGUGAAAUACCUCUUGAGUUGGGUUCUCUUUCAAGCUUGCAGAUUGCAUUGAAUCUGAGCAAUAAUAAUCUCACUGGGAGAAUACCAGAAGAGCUUGGCAAUCUUAAAAUACUGGAAUACCUCUACCUCAAUAAUAAUCAAUUGACUGGUGAAAUUCCCAGCACAUUCGAAAAUCUGUCGAGUUUAUUGGGCUGCAAUUUCUCAUACAAUGACCUUACUGGACCUUUACCUUCUGUACCACUGUUUCAGAACAUGGACAUCAACAGCUUCACUGGGAACAAAGGGCUUUGUGGUGGCCUUCUUCAAGGUUGCAGUGGAAAAUCAUCUUCAUCAUCUAUUCCAUCUUUGGAAAGAGUUGGUGCUCCUCAGGGUAAAAUCAUUACAGCAAUUGCGGCUGCUGUGGGUGGGGUUUCUCUCAUUCUAAUUGUGAUUCUUCUAUAUUUCAUGAGACGUCCAGCUGAGACAGUUCCUUCCUUGCAAGAUAAGGACAUUCCAUCGCCAGAUUCAGACAUCUAUUUUCCACCAAAAGAUGGGUUCACUUUCCAAGAUCUGGUUGAGGCCACAAACAAUUUUCAUGACAGCUAUGUUGUUGGAAGGGGAGCUUGUGGAACAGUUUAUAAAGCAGUCAUGCAUUCUGGAAAGACCAUUGCCGUUAAGAAGCUAGCAUCUAACAGGGAGGGGAACAACAUUGAGAACAGUUUUCGGGCCGAGAUUUCAACUCUUGGGAAGAUUAGGCAUCGUAACAUUGUGAAGCUAUAUGGUUUCUGCUAUCAUCAUGAUUCCAAUCUGCUUCUCUAUGAGUACAUGGCUAAGGGUAGCUUGGGUGAAAUGCUUCAUGGGGCCUCUUGUAGUCUGGAAUGGCCAACUCGGUUCACAAUAGCUCUUGGAGCUGCUGAAGGUCUUUCUUAUUUACAUCAUGAUUGCAAACCAAGGAUUAUUCACCGUGAUAUAAAGUCCAAUAAUAUUCUACUAGAUGAAGGCUUUGAAGCCCAUGUUGGUGACUUUGGUUUGGCAAAAGUAAUCGACAUGCCUCAAUCUAAAUCAAUGUCAGCGGUCGCAGGAUCAUAUGGGUACAUUGCUCCAGAAUAUGCAUACACUAUGAAGGUUACAGAAAAAUGUGACAUCUAUAGCUAUGGAGUGGUUUUAUUAGAGUUGCUAACUGGAAAAACUCCUGUACAACCACUAGAUCAAGGGGGUGAUCUUGUCACAUGGGUGAGAAAGUACGUUCGAGACCAUUCAUUGACAUCUGUGAUACUUGACCCGAGACUGAAUCUUGAAGACAAAAGUAUAGUUGAACACAUGCUUACCGUCUUAAAAAUUGCUUUGAUGUGCACAAGUAUGUCGCAUUUGGACCGACCAUCAAUGCGAGAAGUCGUCUCGAUGCUUAUCGAGUCUAAUGAGUGAGAAGGGAACUUUACUGUCUCCAAUUUAUGAUCUGCUUAAAGUUGAUGCCUUCUGUAAGUAUGUGACCGUUUCAAAUAUCUAUUAACUGAGGUGAUUUCUUGGGGGCUGGUUCUUCCUAGUACUUUUCACAAGGGAAAAAAUGACAGUCUCUUGUACAUGUUUUCAUCAAAAGAAUAUCAUUGUUGGGCUUCUGCUUUUAGUUUAUGGGGAACUUAUAAUUCUCUGAAAUAUCGUAUUUGCUUUUUCAAUUACUGCGGUAUGAUCACUCUGGUGUUCUGCUGUAGUACUUUUCCAUAUGUAUCUUAAAGGUCCUCAAGUUAAUGGAAUUGGUAGAAGGAUGAUAUUUAUCUUCAUGUAUAUAAUACCUCGAAGGAUGUGAAUAAUUUAUUGCUGAUUAUAUAUGGUGGUGAACACUUUACAUGGCA